AUGGCUUCCACCCAAUGUCUCGUCGUUUUAUUCCUAAUCACAUUCACAUCCACCGCUUUUUCCCGUUCAAUCCUCGAAACCUCCCCAAAAAGCCACCACUCCUUCACCUUUAAUCCGAUCUCCAUUCGCCGGAAAAUUCCAAACGACUGCGACAAUUGGUACUGCGACAGCUGGAGACUCUCCGUCGAGACUGAUAACGCCAGAUCUUGGACCCAGAUUCGGCCAGGUGUUUGGGAUUUCGUAGAGGGUACGCCACCUGCCACCAUUAUUCGUCGGACUUGGAGGUUGUCGCCAGAAUGCGUUGGAGUUUGCAAAAGAGUAAAUGGUUUCGGACAUGUUGAUGUUGCCGCUCUCUUCUCUGAGUGGGUGGACUUGGCUGUGGACCCUGCUUUAUCUGCAAGUUUGGUGUUGUACAAGGAGCUCCAAAAGAUGGGAUUUAAGUUAAUCUUGUUAACUGGCCGCAAUGAAUCUUUGAGGAAUGCUACAAAGAAAAAUCUGUUCGAAGCAGGAUACAGCAAUUGGAAAGGCUUAUCAUGA